AUGGUCUCUGGGGCUCCACGGGACCCUGUCAGCCGCAGUGGGGACUCUGGCUGGGCGGAGCUGCAGAGAAGCAUGGAGAACAGCCAAGGAGGAGACUGGUGCAACCUUCCCUUGCAGACAGAAAACCCAGGCCAGGCUGCCAGGCACCAGGGCCGACGUGACACUGCCUGGGACUCCAAGUUGCCCCGAGCUGGUCUUCGUCACAAAGCUCCAGGGAUGGUCAUCCAGCGCUCGCUGGGAGGACAGCCGUGUACCUACAAAGGCGUGUUCGUCCCCAAGACAGGCGGCCACGGUUGCAGGGAGCUGCUCGGCAUCACCUGGCACCUCCCCCCGGGGGGCCCGGAGGACCUAGGUCGGGAUCCCACGGACAUUGGAGGGCGCGUGGCUGUGACCCCAGCCAGAGCUGGGCGCGCCCGCGGCUGCCUGCAGAGCCGGUCGUACCGCCGGAAAUGGAAAUCUCCCACAUUUCUGUGGCUGCCAGGACAAGGGGUAUCUUUGGGUCCCACCUUCACGCAGAGGUCUGGGAAAUGCAGCCACCCGGUAGUGUCCACGCAGCGGCCACAGACGCUGGGGGCCCAGCUGGAUGGCUCUGCCAAGCGAAGCUACAUCCGGAAGACUAACGGAUGCAGAGCUGCCACCCCGACCCCAUUCCUGAUACCACCUCAGGAAAGUAACAUCGAGGUGCAGCUUCUGGGGAAGGAUGUGGGACCUGUGGCCGCUGAUGGGGCCCCCAAACACCUGCGGUCAUCCUGCCCUCAGAAGCUGCCACAUCUGAAGGGCUCACAGGAGGACUGUGGGGGAGGAGGAGUUCUGGGCACUGUGGCCAAACAGACGUCGCGCAAAGACCGGCGGCAGCAGCCAGUGGCCCGGGCCAGAGGCGCGCGCGGGGAGCCGGGGCUCAGGGCCUCCUCAACGGCCCGGCCGGAGGCAGGACGCCACAGACAGGGCUGGUGCUCGGCCCGCACCGUGACCCGCGGCUCCGUGGUAGCCCUGCGCACGGCCCGGCUUGGGGAGAGGGUCCCAAGAACCAAUGAAGAGGACGGGGGACCCCUGAGGCCUCCUGUCCUGCUGGCCAUGCUGACCUUGACAUUCCCCCUCUCGGUGCCCCAGAUGCUCUGGACCAUCCUCCUGACUGCCUCCCUGAGUGCUCAGAAUGGAAAAUGGGACAACCCCAUCUGCACCGAAGGAGUGGUUUCUGUGUCCAGAGGGAAGCGUGCUGUGAUGGCCUGCAACAUCUCCAACCCCUUCCUCAGCGUGGCCAUCUACCUGAGCUCCCACGGGAAGAGCUUCGAGCCUGUCUUCAGCAUGCGGCCCCCAGGAUGCUUCUGCCAGGGAGGGUGGCAGCUCCAGGUUCAGGGAAGCAUGGCCCAGCUGGUGAUCGAUGAUGUGAACCACACCCAGGCAGGGUGCUACAGGUGGCAUCUGCAAGGUCUGCAGAGAAAUAUCAGAGUCACCACACUGAACGUUUCAGGCCCAGAGACACCAUGCCCGCCCAAGGCCGGGGACCAGUUCAGGGUGGCCCCUGUGGUCAUCGGCAUCAUUGCCGGCCUCAUUUUCCUGGUGGUCAUCGUGUUAGCCUGCACCAGAGGCGGAGAUCCCCUGCCCUUUCCCCUCUCGAAGUGCUCAGGGCCCCAGGUAUGA